UUUUGUGUUAAAAAUGGGUGAAAAAUCUGUCCCAAUUCUCGAACAGUCAGAAUGCCCGGAUCAUCAGGCACUUGGGAAAAUGUCGUCAUCAACUCCAAUGUUGGAAGAGAAGGUUCCCAGGAUCCUGAUACGGGAAGAUACAGUCCUGUCAGGGUUGAAGGGGUGCGCCGGGUGCGGAGGAGCACAUUUCACUUGCGCUGGAGUCACGAAGCAGUGGUCAGCGUUGUGCUGGGGAAGACGGAGCGAGAAGAAUUACUAUUGUUUGCUAGUGAGCCUGUCUGCGACGUUCGUGCUGAGCCUCAUCGGGACCGUGUUCUUCUGUUUCACUAAUACCCUCAACAAUGCUAUAUUAUCUAACAUGGUAAUAAGAAACAACUCAAUGGCCUUCUCCCUCUGGCGGGCCCCCACCGUGCAGCCCCUGAUGAAGGUCCAUCUCUUCAACUACACCAACUGGGAGAGGGUCAGAGACGGCUACGACAGGAAGCUGCAUGUGGAGGACGUCGGGCCAUUUGUCUAUUCACAGAAAGUGGAGCGCGUGAACAUUAAGUUUGAGAAGGACUGGCUGUCGUACCAGGAGAGGAAUACUUUCCGGUACAGACCAGACAAGACGGAAGGGGCACAGUUUGACAAGGUCUUCGUACCCAACCUGCCACUCUUGGGUGUGGUGUCAAAAGUGAGAGAGAUGAACAUAAACUCCAUUGGCCAGGUUGCUUUGAACGGCGCAUUGUUUUACGCCAAUCACAAGGAUGCCUUCAUCGAACUACCAGUUCACAGGUUCCUGUGGGGUUACGAUGAUUCAAUCAUCAACACGGCGAAGACUUAUCUAAGUCUGCAAGGGCAAUUGAAAUUUACCAACUUCGGAUUGCUUGCCACGAAAAACGGCACCGUAGACGAGCAUUUCACGAUCAACACUGGUGACCGCGACAUGGACAGGAUGAACGUCAUCGAGAAGCUCAAUGGAGAAGACCAUCUCACUUACUGGGGCAACCCGGAGUGCAACAGUAUCGAAGCAACCGACGGUUCGAUCUUCCCCCCCUCCCUACUGGACCGCAAGACAACUCUACAUGUUUUCUUCCCCCAGCUCUGCCGACGACUGCCUUUCGUUUACGAAAAAGAUGUCGUGACCGCAGACGGUAUCCAGCUGCUCCGCUACCGCAUGCCAAUGAACGUGUUCGAUGACCACAUCAGCAACCCAGCCAACCAGUGUUACUGCGAGAUUGACUCCGGCACGUGCCCGCCGAGGGGCGUCAUCAAUGUCACCGCUUGUGCUAUGGGUGCACCCGCUUUGGCGUCUCACCCGCACUUCUACCUCGGCGACCCAGGACUGCUUGAGAACGUGACCGGAUUGAACCCCGACCCUGCGCUGCACGACUCCUAUGUGGACAUACAUCCGACGUUGGGCAUAUCGCUUCAUGGCAGAUCCAGCAUGCAGAUAAACAUCCAGGUGAAGAAAACGCCCAUGUUCCCCGCGCUCAGCUUCCUCGAGGAAGGAACUAUCCUGCCAAUCGCGUGGAUCGAGAUGACUGUCGAAGAAAUACCAGAAUCUCUCCGCACCAUGAUCUACCACGGCACAUUCUCGACGGCGGCAGCCCAGCUCGCGCUCACCCUCAUCUGCAUCAUCGCCCUCGCCAUCUCCUCCAUCUGCCUGUCCAUCAUGAUCUUCAGGCGGAGACAGAAACCUUGCGUGACGUUGAAGAAAGUGCUUCCGACCGAAGCUGAGCUGAAGGGCUUGAAGUCCGUUUCGUGAAAUAUUGGGUGACUUUUUGUGUUCCAAUUUAUUGCGCCGUAUGAGGUUCUAUGGACGUUUUUUAUAAGCCUAUAUUGGCGUUGAAAGAUUUAAAAUUAUACUAAACAAGAUUUGUGUUAUCCGGGAGAAGGCCGUCUUAAACUGUGCUGGGGCUCUUGGGUACAUAAGAAUUAGGGGCCCUUUUGUAAAGUAAAGAAAGCUAAUUAAAGUAUAAUUUUCCUACUAUUAUUUUCUAUUCCCAUAAUAAAUAGAAGAUAAUAAUAAAGUAUCGUUUUUCUACUAUUAUCUUCUAUUCCCAUAAUAAAUAGAAGAUAAUAGUAGAAAAAUGAUACUUUAAUUAGCUUUCUUUACUUUACAAAAGGGCCCCUAAUUCUUAUGUACCCAAGAGCCCCAGCACAGCUUAAUCAAAUAUACUGUUACUGUCUGUCCUUCAGGGCCCCCUGAGGAUGGGGGCCCUGGGCACGGGCCCCGUGUGCCCUUAUGGUAAAGACGGUGUUGCCGGGAGAAAGUGCCAUGUCCCGUCCAAAAUGCUGGAGGAUUUCGAAUUUAUUUUACGUUAUUAAGAAGUCAUGUUUAAUAUAUUAAUUUUUAAUUAUUGAAAAAAUAUAUCAUUGAAUUGUAUAUAGAAGCAUUGGUUGGAUUCUUUAUGAAGUUGUCUCUAUCAGUCGGAUCAUAUUCCUUUUUUUUAUAGGUAUAUUUCAAUGCCAUUCAAAAUUUGAAUUUCAAAUAUAUAAAACCCAGGAGUUUAAACGUCGUUCAAUAUACCACGUGUCCCAAAAUUCAACGAUAAGCUGGCACCAGAAGAUGGACCUGCUCAUGACAACUCGAGGAAAAAUCAUAAAAAAAUAUAUCUCAAUUUAUUAUAGAAUUUCAAGAAAAAAUUAAAAUCGACACCCCUACAAUUCCUUCCAAUUGUCUACAAUUUUUAAUUUUUUUUUUUCAGUUUUUUUUAUUAUGUUUCCUCGAGUAGUCAUGAGCAGGUCUAUCUUCUGGUGCCAGCUUAUCGUUGAAUUUUGGGACACGUUGUAUAUAUAUCGGUUUAGAAAUAUAAUUAUGAUACUGAUGCGAAACGUAGGAAAUUCGCAACGAGUGGCGAUAAAUUGAAACACGGCCGAAGGAAGUGUUUUAAAUCGACACGAGUUGCGAAUUACCUUUUCGCACGCGUAUUGUACAAAGUUUUACAGUACAUAUGGCCCUUUAAAUUUUUGCUAUAGGCACGUAGGUAUUGCCCUAGGGCGGUAAAGUAGCACCAUAUGUACUGUAAUAGUACAUUACAUACCUAGGGAGGUAAAUUCGUAAAUGCUCCAGAUCGCAGGUGUUUGAUAAAUAUGCGAUCUGGGGCUUUACGAAUUACCGCCCGUGGUUUGUAUAAAGUUUUACGUCUUGCCUUGGCCAGGAAGUGAGAUUUUCUUCCCGUCCCGUGGGAAGAAAAUCCCACUUACGGGCCUAGGGUGACGUAAAUAUUAUAACGCUUUACAUGUGUAAUAAAUGAGUGACGUGUGAGACGACGCACUAAGUGGCCAACCAAGGGGCUUCCGCGAAAAACGAAAUUUCGUUAUCUGCUCUUCUAUAGCUAUAGCGAAAGGUAGAUAACGAAAUUUCAAUUUUUAGCCUCUGGGACCAAAAAUACGUCACUAAUGUAGUGUUUUCGCUCUUUUGGAGUGUUGUCUGCAUUUAUAUGUAACACACAGUGAUGUGUGAAACCAUGUGUUAUUAGUUAUGUAUGUUAAUUAGUACCUAGGAAAACAAUUAUUCGCUUUAUUAGUGUUCCAUUAAUUUUUAUUUUAUAAAGUGAUCGGUAAAUUCGUUUCAUUGGCAACGUAUUUUAUUAAAGGGAAGCUGUAUAUUUUCCAGCGGUGGUGGCCGAGUGGAUAUGACAUCCGACUUUCAAUCCGGAGGUCGCGGGUUCAAAUCCUGGCUCGUAGCAAUGAGUUUUUCGGAACUUAUGUACGAAAUAUCAUUAUAUUUACCACUAGCUUUUUGGCGAAGGAAAACAUCGUGAGGAAACCUGUAUACAUCUGCGAAGAAAUGCAAAGGUGAACUUCAAAUGAAACUAUAGUUCGUUUUUUUUAGCAUUAGAAAGAACUUGAAAGAAGGUAAGCGAUCUUGACAUGUCUUUUAAUUAAAAAACGCAUUUCAAAAAUCAGUAACUAUUACUUAAUGAAAGCAGAAGAAUAUAAAUGAUCGUGUUAGAUUCAAAAUUGUUACAUAUUUGCCGUAACUUAUUUUUAAAAUGUGUUUUUCAAUUAAAAGACACAUCAAGAUUUUACCUUAUUUCUAAUGCUAAAAAAACGAACUAUAGACUAGACCGUUGAUUUACACAGCAUUUUUACAAUCGCGUAAGUAUUGCGUAUCAUAAUUUUAUGUUUUGUAAAUAUUAUAUUAAGUAGGUAUGUAUAAUUAUACAUGUUUACCAUAUGUGUAUAUAAUAAUUAAUAUAACUAAUACAUUAUAUCUUACUGUUGUGGGGUUAUUGGUAUAUUUUUAAGUAGGUUAAAUAAAUCAAUGGAAUGAAGUUGCAUUUUGUUAACCUUUUAACCGCCAAGUCUUUCCUGAAGAAAGGCCAGGUCAAGAGCACCCUAAACCGGCGAGCGUGUGUGAGGAAUGUUAUGAAAGUGAAGGAAGCGAAAGAGGUAUGUCAGGAUCGUAGCAAGUGGAAAUCCGUGGUCUCUGCCUACCGCUCCGGGAAAUAGGCGUGAUUAUAUGUUUAUUUUAUGUAGUUUGACCGCCAAAGACACCUUCAUGUAUUCCGACAAGCCUCACAAUGUCUCGCCGUGCGCAAUAGGCGUGGCGGUCAAAAGGUUAAGAUCAAGCGGUUAAACAAAAUAAUGUGUACAAAUAAAAUAAUGCCCUCAAUAUGGUGAAUGCACUAUGAUACAAAGCAGUUAAUAAGAAAGUUAUAUCGAACACCGAUUUUAAUUAAAUAUAGAUUAUUUAUUUCGUUCAAUUAUUAUUAAAUUAUCGAGCCUUCCAUCUUGUUCUUGGGAUUCUUUGUAAAAAAUGUAUCGAAUACAGAGUCACAUACACGUUUGGUGAUGGAUCCUUGCUUUAGAGUUAGACUAAGAUAAGUCUGCAGCGAUUUUGAUAGCCCAGAAUGUCCAAGUGUUAUUUUAAACGUCAAACUUCUAUGAAAUUAUGACGUAUAAAUAUCCUGAGAUACCUACUGUUAGGUUAGCACCAUCUCUUGUGAUUGUAGAAUUGGCUACAGAGAUUAUUAUUAAUAUUAUUAUUUACCUAUUACUCUCUCCUCUGUUGUGUGUAAUUUAGUUAUAUGAAUAGUAAAAUAAUGGCCUGUCCAGACGGGAACAAUUUUGCGCCAAUCUGAUUAAAUUAUCUGAUCAAAUCAGGUGGUGCGGAUGAAAACACAAAUUUGACUCGCCGAUUAUGACCGAUAUUACUGAUAAAAUGGAGGUGCGGUCGCAAGAAUACCAAUUAGUGGCGCUAUAUUUUCAUUUGGGGGCAUUUUUUAAAUUUAGAGCGCUCAAAUAUCACCAUAAAUCUAAAAUGCUUGAUUAAAUUGGAGAUUGACGCCAAUUUAUUUUCUGAAAAAUCGGUCGAUUUCAUCAUCCCGUCUGGACUGGGCUUAAGAAUAAUAUGUGAAAUUCCAAUUUGUACUUAGGAUAAGUGUAGAAAUUCCAAGGUUAGAGUUUAGGUAGUUUAAUAUAAAAUUAGUAUAAGAUCUGAUAGUUCUAAGGUAGCUCAAGAUGUAAAUAUUAAAUAUCUCAGACACCAUGUAUAAACGGCCUUAUUUUUAUUUUUUAGUCAAAUCAUUUGCGCUGAUUAAUACCUGUGCUAACUCGGGACACGAACACUAAAGAGAUAUCAAGUAUUAAUAGUUAUUUGUUUCACUCGGGGGCAAAGUUGUUGUUUAACCGCUCGGGCUAUAUUGAUACCCGAGCGAGCGAAAGAUUCCAAAAUUGAACCACGAGCUUAGCGAGUGGUUCGAAAAAUGGAAAGCGUUGCGAGGGGUGCAAAGCACGGGGUUAAACAAAAUAUGCCCCCGUGUGAAACAAAAUUUUUCACCACGCCAACCCGAAGCAAAUAAUAAAUGUAAAAUAUUAAACAAAAUCAAAUCCAAAUGAAUGUUAUUAAAUAUUUAUUAUCCAAAAUCAUCAUUUAAAAGUCAAUUCUACCAGCAAACAUAAGAAAACAACUCAAAAUUUACAUUUGAUACUUUGCCUCACAUGUGAAUAAAAUGCAACUUUGCUAUCAGUUUUUGAAGUGCAAAGUAAGCCUUUCCGAGCUGGUGUGGUGAAAAGUUUUUUACCUUAGGAGGCUCGAUAUUAGACAUGAUAUUGAACCUGAGUUAGCACAGGGCCCCGAUUUUUGAGUAUCGAGCGCUCGAUUUCGUGUGGCUCCCUUCAAUAUAUCUCCGCUACAAGGCAUUUAAAUUUUACUAAUAAAAUUUAAAACGAGUGGUCAAUACCACUAGAUUUCCAAUCUAUAACGCUCGUAUUUCAAAAAUAGCAUUUCGCCGUUUUCCACAGAUUUUCGAGUGACGAAAUCGAGCACUCGAAAUUCAAAAAUCGGCCACCUGGUUUGAAUAUGACUAGUGAUGUGCCGUGGGAAUUUCCCGGGAACAAGGAAUAUUCCCAUAUGGGAAAUUCCUGGGAAAUGACCCGGUAUUCCCGGGAAAAUUCCCCAAACAGGAUAAUAUUGAAACAGAUUAAGUGUAUUACAAUUUUAAUUAAAGCUAGCUAUAACGACAAGUAACUGCGUUUAGUAAAAUAAAGUAGCCAAAAACCAUAAAAUGCAAAGUGGCAUCCCAAAAAAAACUUGUAAAGUGGAUUUGCUUACAACAUUCGACACUUUGGAUGUUUCAAAAAAAUAUAUGGCAUCACUUUCAGCCCCCGAUGUACCUGAAUGCGAAGUCAGAUCAUUUCGAAAUUUUCUCCAUACAAAUAGAUAGAUUUUUUUUAUUAAAUAUUUUGAUAAUGGAAUGCAAAAA